AUGAGUAAGCAACAAGAAGAGUCCAGUGCUAAUGGUGUUAACAAGCUAUACAUGGAAGCAAUGUUGGCCAAAGUUAAGAAGAUUGUGACUGUGAGCCUCGAGGAGUAUCGACAGGAGAUUCAAGAGCAGACCAAACCAAAGGCUAACAAAGAUAAGAGAAGGGAUCUAGGGAAAGAUCCUGAGGAAGCUUUGGAGCCGACUAGACCUCUCAGAGAUGAUGCGGCCACAGAUUAUUACGGUCUUCUUAGUAGUUCCUCAAGAGACAGCCAGAGAAGGCAUAGGCGACACAAGGAAGAUCGAGUUCAAGAAGGUUUUGGAGGAGUUAAACUCAGGAUCCCUCCUUUUCACGGCAAAAACGACCGUGAUGCCUACUUAGAGUGGGAAAAGAAGAUAGAAUUGUUGUUUAAUUGCCAACAAUUCACCAGGAUUAAUCGAAUGAAGAUAGCCACUACCGAGUUCUACGAUUAUGCUUUUUGUUGGUGGGAUCAGGUUGUUACAACUAGAAGAAGAAAUCAGCAAUUUCCGAGUGAUACUUGGGAGGAGAUGAAAUCUCUCAUGAGGAAAAGGUUUGUGCCGUGUCACUACCAUAGAGAGUUGCAUCAAAGACAUAGGCGGCUCACACAAGGCCACCGAUCCGUUGAAGAAUACUAUCAAGCCAUGGAGACCUUGAUGCUACGAGCUGAUAUCCGAGAAGAUGCUGAAGCCACUAUGUCUCGUUUCUUAGGAGGAUUGAACAGAGAGAUUCAAGACAAGCUUGAGAUGCAACAAUAUGAGGAAUUAGAGGAUAUGUUGCACAAAGCCAUCCUCAUAGAAAACCAGCUUAAGAGGAGAAACACCAAAACCGCUUAUGGAGCUGGGACAAUGCCUACUAAACCGAGAUAUUCUAGAGAGGAGAAACCGAGCUCGGUAUCAAAAGAAGAGAAGCCAACUGGUGUCUCUAAAGAAGAACCUAAGUCAUUCACUUCGGUAUCAGAUAACCGAAACAAAGCUAUGGGGUCGACAAGAACCAGAGACGUCAAGUGUUUCAAGUGUCUUGGGAGAGGACAUUACGCAAAUGAGUGUUCAAAUAAGAAGAUCAUGAUACUCAGGGAUGAUGGUGAAUGCGAAUCAACAGCUGAAUCUGAAGCCGAGUCUCAUUCUGAUCAUGAAGAGCUUCCGGCUCAAGGUUCCUUACUUGUAUCAAGAAGGUCUCUAAGCGUGCAAGCCAAAGCUAUGGAAGAGGAGCAGAGAGAUAAUUUAUUUCAUAGCCGAUGCCUUGUGCAAGGGAAAUUUUGUAGCCUCAUCAUAGAUGGAGGUAGCUGCACCAACGUAGCAAGUCAAGAGAUGGUCAACAGCCAAGUCAUGGUCCCUAUUACCUUUGGAGGAUAUGAAGACGAGAUACAGUGUGAUGUGUUGCCCAUGGACGCAGGACAAAUACUUCUAGGCAGGCCAUGGCAAUCGGAUCGAAAAGUUAUUCAUGAUGGGUUUACUAACAAGUAUUCCUUUGUUUUUAAAGGCAGGAAGACUACCCUCAUACCUUUGACGCCACAAGAAGUCUACCAGGAUCAAAUGCAGCUAAAGCAAAAGACAAAGCCGUCUACUAAAGCAUCUAACUUCUACUUGAGGGCUGGUGAUGUCAAAAGAUCUCUUAGUUCUAACCAACCGGUUCUUUUAUUUGUGUUUAAGGAGGCUCUCACCAAUAUGACUAACCUCACACCGGUUUUGCCGAGUAAAAUUCAAACUCUUUUGCAGGAAUACAAUGAUGUCUUCCCUGAAGAUAAUCCUAAAGAGUUACCUCCUUUUAGAGGCAUUGAACAUCAGAUUGAUUUCAUGCCUGGUGCUUCAUUGCCUAGUCGCCCUGCUUAUAGAACCAAUCCGGUUGAGACAAAAGAGUUACAAAGACAAGUCGAUGAACUAAUGGAGAAAGAACACAUAAGAGAAAGUAUGAGUCUUUGUGCAGUACCGGUUCUGCUUGUGCCCAAGAAGGAUGGGAGCUAG